GCCGCAACCUCAAGUCGACAGUUCGUCAUCAACUUCCUCAAGACUGCUUUGCCGUUCCUCCCUUCCCUUCCCCGCCUCCCUCAACCUCCGCAUCGUGACAUAUCACAAGCAGAAAGACAACACCAGACGAGACCCGCAGUUUAACGACAAUUUUCUGCAAAAAAUGUCGACGCUCGCGGACGAACUCCUGCAAGACUUUGAAGGCUCCGGGUCAGAAGCCGGGGGCGAUGAGCACGACGAUGGUUUGUUCGGUGAGGCUGGCCUUUCUAUCGGCACGUUAGGAAAUGGGGAUACAGCCAUGGAGGAGGUUCAGGAUGGCGAGGACGAAGAGGACGACGAUGCCGACGCAAUGGAAGGGCUAGACGGCAACGCGGCUUCCUCCACCGACGAUGCCGCCGAUGCCAAAGCGAAAAUCGAAAAGAUGCAGCUUGGGAGCGUCCGCGACGUGCGCAUCGUCGCAGGUCUCAUGAAGACGCUGACACCUGUUCUCGAGAAAAUCGCACACUACCAGUCGCAACCCGCCCAGUCCACAGACACCGUCGGCAACGUGGAGGACCACCCGGAAUACCACCUCCUGACCCAGUCGAACAGCUUGUCGACCCAGAUCGAUAACGAGAUAGUCCUCGUUCACAAGUUCAUCAGAGACCACUACUCGGUGCGGUUCCCCGAGCUCGAGACGCUCAUCACCAACCCCCUGGAAUAUGCUAAGGUGGUUGCUAUCUUGGGCAAUGGGCCGAUGGAUGCCGAAAGCAUCAAGGCUCUCCAAGUGUCAACCGACAAUCCGCUGGGCGUAACACUCAAAUCGGUGCUGGACGGCCCGUCCUUGAUGAUUGUCACCGUCGAGGCCACUACGUCCAAGGGUCAGGCCAUGCCGCCGGAAGAGCUCCAACGAGUCAUACAAGCAUGCGAGAUGGUGAUUGCGCUGGACAAGGCCAAGAAGACAUUGACCGAAUACGUCCAGUCACGUAUGAACGUCUUUGCGCCAAAUCUAACAGCCCUCAUUGGCUCUCUAACGGCAGCCCAAUUGCUAAACCAGGCUGGCGGUCUCACCGGCCUCUCUAAGACUCCAGCUUGCAAUCUGCCGGCAUGGGGAUCAAAUAAGCAAGCCGGUGCCGCGCUGGCUACCAACGUCGGUAUUCGACAGCAGGGGUUUAUCUACCAAUCACCCAUAAUCCGGGGUAUUCCGAGCGAUCUAAAGAAGCAGGCAAUGAAAAUGUUCGCCAAUAAGAUCGUCAUGUGCGCCCGCACCGACUGUUUCCACCAGUUCCGUGAUGGUUCAGAAGGCGAGCGCUUAAAAGACGAGUGCCUGGACCGCUUGGACAAGCUACAACAGAAGCCUCUAAGCAAGGGAGCCCGCGCCCUGCCCGCCCCCGACGACAAACCGAGCAGAAAGCGCGGUGGUCGGCGCGCGCGCAAAGCCAAGGAAGCAACGGCAAUGACCGAGUUGCGUAAGGCUCAAAACCGCAUGGCCUUUGGAAAGGAGGAGAAGGAAGUCGGCUACGGCACGGGCGACCACACGGCGGGCUUGGGCAUGAUCGGCCAGCGCGACGACGGCCGCCUGCGCGUGGCCCAGAUAGACCAACGGACACGUGCCAAACUCAGCGCCAAAAGCAAAGGUUGGGGCGGCGCGAGCUCGCUCACCGGCGGCAGCGCCUCGUCUCUCAGGGGUCUCUCCAGCGGCGGCGCGGGCAGCCUCAGCCUAGCCAGCAGCAAGGGUCUGCGGACGUCUGGGGUGGGGACUACGCUCGGCGGGGCUGCGGGCACCGUCUCGUCAUUAAAUUUCACGGCAACCCAGGGUCUUGAACUCGUAGACCCAAAGGUCCAAGCAGAGCUGAGCCGAAAGCGCAAGGCAGAGGAGGACCGAUGGUUCAAGGGCGGCGUCUUUACACAGAUUGGCAACGGCGGUAGGGAAGGCAGCGAUGGAUUCAAGAAGCCACCUCUACCACCGAGCAAGCGGGUUGAUACAGGGGCAACCAAAUCACAGUCAUAA